UCACCAAGCAAGUACGGCGAGUGACCAUGGAUGCCCCAGUUAGCUCGGUGGUCUUUCCCCAGAAGGGAGCCUAUGUCGCCACCAGCGGAACAAAGUUCUGUGCUUUGAACUGGGAAGAUAGGUCAACAGUAGUCCUGGCCCAGGUGGAUCAAGAUAAGAAAAACAAUCCAUUCAAUGAUAGAAAAGUGGAUCCUGCUGGGAGAUACUUUGCUGGCACCAUGGCUGAGGAAACCGCCUCAGCAGUUCUUGAGCAGCACCAGGGGGCGCUCUACUCCCUUUUUCCUGACCACCAUGUGAAGAAGUAUUUUGACCAGGUAGACAUCUCAAAUGGUUUGGAUUGGUCCCUGGACCACAAAAUCUUCUAUUACAUCCACAGCCUGUCCUACUCCGUGGAUGCCUUUGACUAUUACUUGCAGACAGGACAGAUCUCCAAGCGCAGAAGUGUUUACAAGCUGGAGAAAGAUGAGCACAUCCCAGACGGAAUGUGUACUGAUGCAGAGGGGAAGCUGUGGGUGGCCUGUUACAAUAGAGGAAGAGUGAUCCCUUUAGAUCCUGUGACAGGGAAAAGACUUCAAACUGUGAAGUUGCCUGUUGAGAAAACAACUUCAUGCUGCUUUGGAGGAAAAGACUACUCUGAAAUGUACGUGACCUGUGUCCCAUAAGGAAUAGACCCUCAG